ACUUUAAAAAGAUCCGCUACAAUAUUGCAAUAAAGUAAUUCCAAUUGCAAUAUACAUUUGAAGAUAAAAUUCAAUAUAAAUACUAUGACAAAAACUGCACACGACAAGUCGUCUCUGAAACGCGUCGCAAAUAAUCCACCAAGAUGAAAUACUUCCUGGCUAUCGCCCUCCUCGUCACCGUGGCUUCGGCCGCUAUGGUCAAGCCUACCCCGGUAAGCGCUGAAAUAGCCGAGAUCCAGGAGAUCAUCGCUGCUAUCCAGAGCCCCAGCACCGACCCCGCCACCGCUGUCGCACUCGAGGCUAUGCUCCUCGAUGUCCUCGGCAUCAAGCCCGAACCCAUCGCUGUCGGACCCGCAAUCGUCGACUUCCCCCUCCCUGAUGGUGGCAUCAUCCCUGAGCCCGUCCUCGCUCCCUCUCCUCUGCCAAUCGCUCCCUCCCCUGUGGCCAUCAUCCCCGGCCCUGCCGCCGCUGAGGUCGCCGCCAGCACUCCCCUGGUGCAGAUCAUCCUGAACAUCAACCAGGCUGCUGCUGGGUCUAACCCUAUCUCCGUUGGCCCCGCCGUCGUGCCCGGACCCGUCAGGCCUGAGCCCAUUCAGGUUGUGGAAUCUGCUCCUGAGCCCGUGCAGGUUGUGGAGGUUGCCCCAGUGCCCGUGGAGCCCGUCAUCAUCGGCACCCCCGUGCUUCCCGAGGCCGCCAUCACCCUCCCUGAGGAACUGAACUAAAAUUAAAGCACUGACCGGUUAUUGUAUCAAUAAAGUGUUCGUUUCUACAUGUGAUGCAAUAAAAGUGAUUUGCGAAA